GUAGGUAGGUUCAUUGAUAAUAGAGUAUGGUUGUUGUGAGUUUUCAAUGAAGUAAAUAUCUCUCAUUUUACUAUUUCUUUUGUAUUCCGAACAGAAAACGUAACUCUUUCUCUUCAGUCAUUGCUUCUUCUCUCAAAUCCAGCACACCCUUAACCUAGCUUUCAUCUCUCACAAAUGGAAUCCACCGCUGCCGCAACCUCUCCAAGCACUGUUAAGGAAUCCACCGCCAUCACCGUUGUUGCAACCUCUCCAAGCACUACUGUUAAGGAUCGUAAACGCAAAGGUGAAAUUAUGUUAUCAUCAAUCACGGAGUUAGACAUAAUCCAGACACACCCACUAGCCUCACUCGCCGCCCUGGGAAUCUGCUUCUUCACGUGGUCCUAUCAUCUUAACAACAAGGCAUACUUCUCGGUCUGCAAGCCACCCAGGUUCCUCAACUCCCGAUACCUCUUCGCCUAUGUGGUCUUCUCCCUCGCCUCCUUUCUAGUCACAACCCUGGUCAAUCUCCUGCUCAGACGAGCAAUUCGUCUCGGUUCCAAUGGUGCAGUGUACAUCAACAGAUACACUCUUUCUAUUGGUAAGCUGCUUUCCGGUUUUGGAUUUCUUGGAUUCUGUUUUCCCAUGCUGUCGUUUCUCACUCUCCUUCAGAUUACGCCUCCCUGUGUUCGUGGUGAUUCCGUUGAUGCUUACAUUGUUAUGUUUCUCGUCAUUGUGCCUACCUUGUCUGUUCUUUACAUUGCUCAUGGUCUGUACUACAUUUGGAAGUUGUUUUAAUUUACAUUUUGUAUUGCUAUUAUUGCUACUCAAAUCAUGUUUUGUUGUUUGUUAAUCUUGUUGUUUUGUUAUUUGAAGAGAUGUCUCUGUCUUAUCUUUGUAUUAAUUAAC